CGCCCCGCCCCCGCCCGGCUCCCGCAGCGGCCGCGUUUUGGGGGUGGCGGCUCCUCCCGGCAGUGCGGUAGAGCGCGGCCGCCAUUGCACCACGGCGCGCCCCGCACUCGGCCGCGCCUCCGUCCCGCCACCCGGUACCGGCUCCAGCACCGGCACCAGCACCGGCGGGGGGCGGGAGCGCUGCACCCGCACGGAACGGCCGCCGCGGCGCUGCGGGGAGAGCGGGCUCCGCGACAGCGCGGGAGCGGGCCCCGGCGCCGGGGCCGCGGUUCUGCACGGCUGAGGCGGCGGCCGGUGCCCGCCGGUGCCCGCCGCGGUCCGUGCGGCGCCUCGCCGCGGCUCGGCGGGAUGCGCCGGCGGUGACGGGGCCAGCGGGGUGCCGGGCACGCGCCUGCGCCGGCCGCCAUGGGGCCCGCCUGAGCGGCGCGGCCGCGGCGCAGAGAGCGGGGCCGGCCCGUCCGAGCCCCGGCGGAGCGGUCCGGGUCCAGGCGCGGGCCGCCGCCGGCCCCCGGUGCGCCGCGGUCCCGGCCUAGCAGCGCGUCCCUGCCGGCCGACCGGCGCGCCCCCUGCGGGCGAGCGCAGCGGCGGCUGCCCCCGGGCCCGCGGGCCGGGCAUGGGCGGUGCGGCGGCGGCGGGCGGGCGCUGAGGCGGGCGGCGGCAGCAUGGAGGCCAUCUGGCUGUACCAGUUCCGCCUGAUCGUCAUCGGCGACUCCACCGUGGGCAAGUCCUGCCUCAUCCGCCGCUUCACCGAGGGGCGCUUCGCCCAGAUCUCCGACCCCACGGUGGGCGUGGAUUUCUUCUCCAGGCUGGUGGAGAUCGAGCCGGGCAAGCGGAUCAAGCUGCAGAUCUGGGACACGGCCGGGCAGGAGCGGUUCCGGUCCAUCACCAGAGCUUACUACAGGAACUCAGUUGGUGGACUCCUCCUCUUUGAUAUCACAAACCGCAGGUCCUUCCAGAACGUCCACGAGUGGCUGGAGGAGACCAAGGUGCACGUCCAGCCAUACCAGAUCGUCUUUGUUUUGGUGGGUCACAAGUGUGACCUUGACACACAGCGGCAAGUCACCAGGCACGAGGCUGAGAAACUGGCUGCUGCAUAUGGUAUGAAGUACAUUGAGACCUCGGCUCGGGAUGCCAUUAACGUGGAGAAGGCCUUCACUGACCUGACUCGAGAUAUAUACGAGCUUGUUAAAAGGGGGGACAUUUCAAUCCAGGAGGGAUGGGAAGGGGUAAAGAGCGGGUUUGUCCCAAAUGUAGUGCACUCUUCAGAAGAAGUGGUGAAAUCAGAUAGGCGAUGCUUGUGCUGAGCUCUUCUAGUGAGGCAAGUGGUGAUGAACUCUACUAACCAAAUGUACUUUACUAAGUGAACUCCGUGUGAGAGAAGGGAGAGCAACACUCCCGUUGUGAACAGCCUCCCAUAGUGUUUUGGACACCAGAACAGACCCCAGAAAGACAUGUUCUGUUCCAAAUAACCUUUCAGAACUGGGGGCUACAAACCUACAGGAGAGUGAGUGAGGGUGCAUGUAGCUGUUGUAAGGAGACAGGAAGCAGAAAUGAGGGGCUGCACAAGACAGGAGAGCGUAUGCAGAGAGCUGGAUGGGCUGGCACGUGCCAGGGUACUGUACAUGUCCUCUUUUAAGUAAAUCCAUAGCUCCACAUUGGGUAUUGAAGCCACAGUAUGGAUACUUUAAUAGCAUGAGAAAUGGGCAGACAGAGAGAAAGAGGACAUCUUCCAUUGUGUCAGCUGUUUAUUACCAGGAGGGUGUAAAGGCAGCACAGAUACUGUUUCCUCAUAAGGCAAACUCCACAGGAGAAGCUUACUGACAUGGUGUGCACACUUCUGAAUUUUCUUUCUUACAUUCUUGAACCUAGUUUGAUAGCAAAGAAUAUUCUGUGGGAUUUAAAGAGGAAAACAGUAGUUCUCUGACUGGUAAUUAACAUUUAAAUUAUUCCCCUCCCCAACAGUGCUUUUCUUGCUGUGCUGAACUGGGACUCUUAAGUAGCAACUACUGCUCCAGUAGGAAUUAUUCAGUGCAUUUUUACACACAUUUACUGCCUAGGUGAGUACCUUGAAUGUACCCAGAGUUCAGGGCUUUCCGGUAGGAUUAGGUGGUCAGGAGCAUAGAGAGAACCUCAUAUGUUGUAGGUACAUAUGUAACCUCAUAUGUAGGGGUGUUGCAGCCAGGUGGGACACACCAACAUUUCUCUCUUGCUAACAGCAGUGUGCUGACUUUUUGGGUGUCUUACCAGCCAGGUCACAAGGAGGAAUGGAAAAGGGGGAGACGGGGGAAACAAACAACAAAAAAACUUGAAAAGCUUAACUCAGGUGCAUCAGACAUCCUAAAAGGUGAGAUUUGUUUUUAAAGCAGUUAAAUAGCAUAGAAGGCAACAGCUUCCAUCACUAUUUUCUGCUGUUAAAGUGUCGUUUUCUUUCUUGGCAUCUGUGGAAGAAAAGAAACUAGCGCUGGGAAGGAGGAGCACACACCAGGAGUGUCUGAGCAGGUGGAAAGGAAAGCCACAAGAUGAGCUCGAGUAGAAUUUGUUUUCCUCCAUGUUUUAAUUUGGCAAAAGAGGAUCCAUCUCAGGUUGGUCGUUACGGGGUGGUAGCCAUGCUACAAAAGCUACAUGUAGGCAGAUGUUUUCCGGGUAUGCCAUUCACCAUUUAGAAGCUUUGCUUCUAAGAAGUUUUAACUUCAGCUUUUGAAGGGCAGCAGGGUAACUGUGCUCUCACAGCAAAGGAGGGAAGUUCAGCCUAUUAAAAGCAAAUAGAACUGUUUUUCCACUUGAGUUUGCAAGCUUUAUACACCAACCUGCUAAUGGGCAGGAGAGAGGGAUUAGGUAAAACCACAGGAAGCAUCUAGUGUUUGAUUUUAGGCCUCUAAAUAGGGAAGAAUAAAAUACUUAUUUACAGCUUUUAAGCUACCCUGUCUAUAAAGGUGUGGGCCGCCUUCAUUGCUGUUGGGUUCAGGCUAUGUCUCCCUUUGAACCUGUUCUCACAGUUUGCAGCACAUGGGCUGGUCUGUACGAAUAAACACCUCUGUGGUUUCCAUAGCAAAGCUGUACAAAAACCCCAAAACUCAACAACCAAACCACUGAACAUGAGUAAUGUUUUUAUUUUCAGUGUUCUAGGAACAGGUUCAGUCCCUGGGCUCUGCAGGGGAGCAGCAGUGUUGUGCCUGCUGGGGGGCACUGGUAGGAGGUCGGAGGAAGGGAGGGGUGGCACUGGAUCAGCACCUUGCAGUAAGCGUCUCACUUCUAACCCCUGGUCGCUCUUGAAUAGGCUACAACCACAUCAGAAACCUUGUGCUAAAGGCAGAUUCAGCUGUGGUCAAAUUGAAUACCCUGAAGAUUAAAAAACAACAACAACAAAAAAAUCCCUUUACAAACUGUCUUUCUAGGUAAGCAAAGCUGGAGCCGAUGGCUGCAGAGCGCGCCACAGGAGCUUGGCUGCCCUGGGCUCCCACGGGCUGACACCAGCGGAGAGCACAAGGUUUGCUGGGAUGGGUCUGUUAGUCCUAUUUGCCCAACAGCAAGGGCAGACAAGGGCAGAAGGGGCAGUUCUUCUUUCUCAGAAUGGAAAGUCCACCAAGAAACCAAUUUGGUGUUUCAGGGUCCAGCCGUUCACCGGUUGUGUCCUGGGACACCUCCCUGAGGGUGCUGCACUAACAGCGGUGAGCAGCUGGAUCAAAUGGUGCUUUAGCAAUAGUAAAACCCUGUAAUUUGCUGUGCACAAACCUGGCCAGUAUGAGAAAGAUCAUUUUUCCUGAGACAACCACUGUUUUAUUUAAUAGGUUUUGGACAUUCCCCUUUACUGCUCCCAGAGAGAAAUUCCAGAAAGCCCACAUCAGUAAGUGCAUUCAGGCCUCCAGAGUAAGUCUUCUAUUUAAAAAUACAAGGAUCAUGAUUCUAAAGAGGAACAGUGCAGAAGAAAAUGUACGUGGUCUUAACUACUUAGAGGUAAUAAAUGGUUAUAUUAAAUGAUAGAGAAAUCAUUAUCUACAUCUUUUUUCUAAUUCCUUGCAUUUUCUAGACAGCUUAUUAAAAUAUAGGAAAUGUAGAUUCAUCUGUACAAAAUUUGGAAUGUUUUUUCUAAGAUGAAGAACUUACUUAUAGGAUAUGCUACGAAUUCUUUUCUAACAACUGGUUUUAAUGCUUUGACUUCUAGUGCAAGAGGGGCUUAGAGAAAUCAGCAGGUGACACCUUUCACAGGACAAAGGUCAGGAGCUCUUUUACUCUAGGACAAAAAGAGUGAAAAAACCUAAGAGAAAGCUACUUUCUGUGGUCUGUACCACACAUUAAAACCAAUCUGCAUGUUAGAUUGCAACUGCUCAGACCCUCUGGAAUAAAAGCGUACGAUACACUUUCCGCUUUCUGUUAUGCACUGUAAUGAAAUGUGAAAAUACUGCUGUAUUUAGCUGUCUGUAUGUGAUUGAAAACAUGCUUGUAUUUAGCAAAAUGGUUACUAUGUGAUAAUGUGAAAUUCAAAACUUGUAAAGAAACU